AUGUUAGAUGCAACGAACCCAUCUCCGAUACCCAGCAAGCGAAAAAAGCACUUCGAGCACCUCCGCCAAACCACCAUCCCACGCUUCCUCUUCCGCGCCUUCCACCUCGAAAGCAGCGGCGGCCGACCAAAGGCACUCAGCAACCCCAACAUAACCGUGCCACACGCCUACACGGCGUCUGCGCCCGUGCCCGGGUUCUACAAGACCCCAGAGCGCGACCUCGGUCGCAUGGCCAACGCGCACUACGUUGGGAGGCACGUCCCGCUGUCCCCCUUCAGCUCGUGGGCAGCGUCGCUGCAUCUCGUGCUGUGCUACGCGUCGUCGCUCGACGAUGUGGCGUAUGUGGCGGUUAUGGAUACGCAGAUGCUGGACGGUGAGGUGCUGGUGUGGCAUGUGCCACAUCUCAUGUCUGGGGCGAAACAUGAGUAUCUUGCGCACGGUGUGAUCAAGGGGAGUGGGUAUGUAGCUGUGCCGUUGCAGGCGAUGGCACAGACGGGGUUGUUGAAUGUAUUCACCGAGUUGGCGCGGCGGAAGCUGUACAUUGAGGCGCCGCCACCUGCCUUUUCCUUUGGCAUGGAGUUGCGGCAGCACAUGUUCGAGCAGAAGUAUGGCCGGCCCGCUGCGGAGAUUCUGCACAAGACACGCGUCAUCUCUGAUUUGUUUGGCGAGCUCUGGUUUCCAGUGGCCACGGCGCUGCUGUGCGUGCGCCCGUGGCCCUGGUUCUGGCCAGACGUCGAUCAGGGCCGGAGUGCUCCUGCUCGUAGAGAGCUGCAGCGUAUACUUCGAUCGAUGAAAAUCACGGCGAAGCCCGCUUGGCUUGAGAGCCAGCUCUCUUGGCUGCAGCACGGCGCUGUGCAGACGACGCCUGGUGCGGGCGAUUCGUACGACUUCCCUGAUGUGCGCGAGUGGAUUGAUCUUCUGCAUGCCAUAGCGCGUCACUUUGAGUCGGAGGAGACAAAAAAACGCAAACCUGAGGACAGCACGGUUGCAGCUGGUGACGAGCGUGAAACUCGAUCAAAACGGCGGGCGACCGAGUCCAAUAAGGUAGGGUCUCUGUAG